ACCUCCCUCGCCACUUUCGUCAUUGCCAACUCGGUGGAUCUCGAAGUCAGAGACAACUGGGCCAAGGUCGUCUCCUUCAGUGACGAUCUUUGCAACUCAGACCAAAGCACCUUCGAGGUGACCGGCAGCGGUGCGUACCGAUGCAUACCUGUAACCAAUAAGCGAUCCAUCAAAGUUCUUCAGAAGAGUGACUGUACGAUGAAGACGUUCGGCGGGUCAAACUGCGGUGGCAGCCACUUUGCCCUUCCCGAUGGCGACCUUGACUGCCAUUCCGUCUUGCAUGCGUCUGUUGAGAUCUCGUGUUGA